AUGGAGGCAUUAGAUAAAAAAAGUCGUCCUGCACAUCCUAGGGCUAAGGCAAAUCCAUUGUCUGCCCUAACAUUCGCAUGGACAUUACCAAUUUUUUGGAGUGGUAUCAAAAGGGAGAUGGAAGAACAUGACUUGUAUGAACCUUUAGCAGAACACUCAUCUGGACCUCUUGGAGAUAAAUUUGCGCGACUAUGGGAAGAAGAAGUACAACGAGCUAGCGGGAAACGGAAACCCAGUCUGUUACGUGUUAUAUUAAGAGCAUACGCCGCCAGGUGUAUGCUGUAUGGAUUCGUUCUACUCGUCAUGGAAUGUGGAAUAAGGAUUGCACAGCCAGUGUUCCUGGGUAAGCUGGUGGAGUUCUACAGUCCUGGACACUCGAUGAAGCCGAAGGAAGCGUACAUGUAUGCGGCCGCGGUGGUGGCGUGCUCAGCGCUCAACGUGUUCGUCGUGCAUCCCUACAUGAUGGCCAUAUUGCACAUGGGCAUGAAAUUCCGUGUCGCCUGCUGCUCACUUAUAUACAGAAAGUCACUACGGCUAUCAAAAACGGCGCUUGGUGAGACGACAGUGGGCCAAGUAGUGAACCUCCUUUCAAACGAUGUGAACAGAUUCGACGUGGCCAUCAUCUUCUUACAUUAUCUGUGGAUUGGGCCGCUGGCUACUGUCAUUAUCACUUACUUUAUGUGGGUUGAAAUCAGCUGGGCAGCAGUGGUCGGCGUUGGAUUCAUGUUGGCAUUCAUACCUUUACAAGCAUAUUUGGGGAAACGCACGUCAGUACUGCGACUGAAAACAGCGCUUCGGACGGACGAGCGCGUGCGGCUCAUGAACGAAAUAUUGUCCGGUAUUCAGGUCAUCAAAAUGUACACUUGGGAAAAGCCAUUUGCUGACCUUGUCGCCAAGGCUAGGAAACGAGAAAUAAAGCAGAUCCGCGCGACGUCAUACAUCCGUGGAGUGCUGACUUCGUUCAUAAUGUUCACUACACGUAUCUGUCUGUUCUGUUCCAUCCUCGCGUACGUUCUGGCCUACAAUGUGAUCAGUGCGAAGCAGGUCUUCGUCGUCACGAGUUUCUACAACAUAUUAAGACAGACUAUGACCGUUUUCUUCCCUCAAGGUAUUGCACAAGUAGCAGAAGCAACGAUAUCAAUAAAGCGGCUUCAGAACUUCAUGCUAUACGAAGAUACAAGUAAACCGGUCCCUGGUUUAGCAGAGAUACAAACAUCUACUAAACCUAAGGAACGUCGCAAGGCUGAAGGUGAAGACAAAGUGAAGGCACAGUAUACAGAGACCAAGCAGACCACGGAAAGUUCGGAACCUACGAAAGAAGAGGAGGCUAAGGGCAAUGGUAAUGCGACACUGGCUCCAAUAGAGGCAGGCUCGGAGGACGAGCACGAGCUGGGCGCGCGGGUGGAGGACGACGCGCGGGGCGUGCGCCUCAAGCACGCCACCGCCAAGUGGAUCGACACACACCCUGAGAACACACUCACUGACCUCUCACUCACUAUCAAACCUGGCAAAAUAAUUGCGGUGAUCGGUCCAGUAGGCGCUGGGAAGUCAUCCUUGCUACAUGUGUUACUACGCGAGCUCCCUCUAUUGUCCGGCACGGUACAUGUCGGUGGUGACGUCUCCUACGCCAGCCAGGAACCAUGGCUCUUUGCAGGCAGCGUACGUCAGAACAUUUUGUUUGGACAACCGAUGGACCGUCCUCGCUACAACACAGUGGUGCGGCGCUGCGCCCUCGAUCGAGACUUCGCCCUCUUCCCACACGGAGACAAGACCAUCGUCGGUGAGAGGGGCGUCAGUCUCAGUGGAGGACAACGUGCCCGCAUAUCCCUGGCCCGUGCAGUGUACAAGCGAGCAGAUAUCUACCUACUGGACGACCCACUAUCAGCAGUGGACGCCCACGUGGGCCGACACUUGUUCGAGUCCUGUCUCAUUGGAUACCUUCGCAACACUACAAGGAUACUCGUCACACAUCAACUGCAGUUCCUCAGAGACGUCGAUCAGAUAAUAAUCCUCAAAAACGGUACGAUAGCGGCGGCGGGUAACUUCGAUACAUUGAGUGCUUCUGGUUUGGACUUCGCAACAUUAUUAGCUCGCGACCAGGAGGAAGAGAAACCGACGCCGGACCCGAACGCGGCCGAAACUGACGCGGAGUCUGUAUUACAAGGCAGCUUCCGUAAGCGACAGAUGAGCAUACACUCGGUGAGUUCAGUAGACAAUCUGACGGCGACGGCGCCGCCGGCGGGCGAGGCGGAGACGCGCAGUGCGGGCGCGGUGGGCGGGCGCGUGUACGCCGCCUACCUGCGCGCCGCCGGGAACGGAGCGCUCGUACUACUCAUGUUGAUGGUGGCCACGCUCGCUCAGCUACUCGGCUCGGCCUCCGACUGGUGGACUAGUUACUGGGUGAAUCUCGAAGAGUCCCACCCCGUGCAGAAUAUGGCAAGCGUACAGGAAACGAACUUGAACUCUACAAUGGCGCUACGCUCGGUGAACAACUUGACUGAAAGUCUCGUGCAGAACGCGUAUUACGAUUCUGCGGGUCUCAGUCGAUACGAUUGUAUCUAUAUUUAUACUGGCAUGGUGAUAGCCCUAGUAGUGGUAUCACUGCUCCGUUCGUUCAUGUUCUUCUCGAUGGCGAUGCGAGCGUCGACCCGGCUGCACAACAACAUGUUCUCGUCCAUCACACGCGCCCCGAUGCGGUUCUUCCACGUCAACCCCUCCGGUCGGAUCCUCAACCGAUUCUCCAAGGACAUGGGAGCCGUUGAUGAAGUCCUACCGUCUGCGCUGUUAGAUGUUUUGCAGAUCGGUCUCUCUCUAAUCGGUAUCGUAGUGGUGGUGGCCAUAGUGAACUACUGGCUGUUGGUGCCGACGGUGGCCAUCGGGUUCGUGUUCUACGGGCUGAGGAUAUUCUACCUCUCCUCCUCGCGCAGCAUCAAGCGCCUCGAGGGUGUGACUCGCAGUCCGGUAUUCUCUCACCUGAACGCGUCGCUACAAGGUAUCACUACUAUCCGCGCCUUCGGGGCUCAGGAAGCACUCAUACGCGAGUUUGACAACCAUCAGGAUCUACACAGCUCGGCUUGGUACCUCUUCAUUGCUAGCUCCAGAGCUUUCGGUUUCUGGUUGGACCUCGUGUGUGUGGUCUACAUCGCUAUGGUCACGCUCAGUUUCCUUGUUUUUGGACAAAACGAGUACGGUGGUAACGUGGGUCUAGCCAUCACGCAAGCUAUGGGUCUGACAGGAAUGUUCCAGUGGGGCAUGCGGCAAUCCACCGAGCUGGAGAAUCAGAUGACCAGUGUGGAAAGAAUACAAGAAUAUUCGAACAUCGAAUCGGAACCUCCCCUCCAAUCAGAGCCGGAUAAGAAGCCGCCGCCAUCUUGGCCGGAGGCGGGGCGCAUAGAGUUCAAACAUGUGUUCCUGUACUACGCGCCGUCGGAGCCGGCCGUACUUAAUGAUCUCAGCUUCGUAGUGCAGCCCAAGGAGAAAGUCGGCAUCGUCGGACGUACUGGUGCAGGAAAAUCUUCACUUAUCAAUGCACUCUUUAGGUUAGCAACGAUAGAAGGCGAGAUAAUAAUCGAUGGUCGCGAGACGUCCCAGCUAGGUCUGCACGAGCUCCGCAGCCAACUGUCCAUCAUACCGCAGGAGCCCGUACUGUUCUCCGGCACCAUGCGACACAACCUCGACCCAUUCGAUGAAUACCCGGACCAAGUACUAUGGAGGGCACUCGAAGAGGUUGAGUUAAAGGAAGCGGUGACGGAGCUGCCGGCGGGCCUGUCGUCGCGUAUGUCGGAGGGCGGCGGGAACUUCUCGGUCGGCCAGCGACAGCUCGUGUGCCUGGCGCGCGCCAUCGUGCGCAGGAACAGGCUGCUCGUGCUCGACGAGGCCACCGCCAACGUAGACCCACAGACUGACGCGCUCAUACAGUCUACAAUAAGAAGUAAAUUCGCGGAAUGCACCGUGCUCACCAUCGCCCAUCGACUACACACCGUCAUGGAUUCCGACAAGGUGUUAGUGAUGGACGCGGGUCGUAUGGUGGAGUUCGAUCACCCGCACAUGUUGCUACAGAACGCGGACGGUAUCCUGCGCGGCAUGGUCGACCAGACCGGCCGCGGCAUGGCUGAAACACUCAGUAGAGUCGCCAAACAGGCGUACGAGUCUAAAAUGGGGCAGCUACCGGCGAGUACCUCUGAUUGA